AUGACUGAAAUUGAGGUGAAGAUUUCAACUGAUGAAGCUGGAUACAAGAAGUUUAUUCAAAACUAUGCACUCAAUAUCACAGGAGUACUUCAUCAGAUGAAUAUUUUCUUUAAUACUUAUGAUACAAAUUUGAAGAGGUCUAUGAGGUUAAGAAGAAUCAAAUCAGCUGAACUUCCAGUUCGCUGGGUAUUCACAUCAAAAGGUCCUGGAUCUAUUGUUGAUGGUGUUUCGACACAUAGUGAAAUCGAAGAAGCUAUCUCGGACGAGAAUGCAAAUUUAAUCCUCUCCGAUACAAAGAAUCUUUAUAAAUAUAUUCCAAAGUGCAUUGCUGAUGCAGUCGAACCAACAAAAGACUCAGAAUAUUAUCUCAGUGGCAAUUUCUUAUCAAUUCGCCGUGUUGUUCCAAUAGGUUCAUUCACUGUGGAAGCUGAUGAGUGCACAUAUCCUAAUGGCGACAAAUUCUAUGAAUUCGAGGUCGAAUCGACAAAACCAUUGGAAGCAAAGGCGGAAAUCCAAAAGAUACUCAAUGACUUAGGUGUCAAGUUCGAAGAAUCAAAGAUUACAAAACUGAAAAGAUUAUUCAGCUAUCCAAGAGAGCAAAGGAUUAAUCUUUCCAUUCAAUAA